AAACAAGAUGGCGUCGCCUCAAACAUAAAUUGAUGCCAAUGAGUUUAUCGGUGUAGAAGUGCUCCUCUCUUGGGGCUUCUGUGUUGUUUUGGGGUUGUUCAGGUGAAAGGACAUAUUCCGCGGUCAGUUAGGUGUGUGGUAGGCGUUGCCGAACGCCCACGGAGGAGCUCGUGGACCUUGUUUGUUUUGUCCCUCCGGUGACAACCGGAGAGGAGAGCUGCUGACAGAUAGGAUGGACAGCGGGGAGUAUAUCUCCACCAUGGAGAACAUGGACCCGACUUUAGCCGAAUUAGGGGACGAAUUCACCUUGGGAGACAUUGACGAGAUGCUGCAGUUUGUCAGCAAUCAGGUGGGGGACUUCCCAGACUUGUUCGAUGAUCAGAUGAACUCAACAGGCUCUCUGCAGAGUGGUGGAGUCGCCUCCACCCCACGGCCUCAACCUCAAAUUGCUCAGACGCCCCAGACACCGCAGCCCUCAACCAAUGCUGCCUACCAGAGCUCCAACACUUGCUUCACCUCCUCCCAGACACUGUCCCCACAUUCAGUACCCCUCACCCCUCCCCUCACUCCCGCACAAACCCCCUCCCCCCCAGCCAGUGCUUCAGUGCAGCAACAGGUGACCCGCAGCCCUCCACUCCUUCAACCAAGGCCUCAGAUGGUCCAACCCAUCCAGCCUCAACCCCAACAGACAGCCCAGACAACCAUCCAGAUGCACACCCAGGGGAUCCCCAUGCAGACUCAAAGCUUUCCAGUUCACACCCUGGUUCAGACCCACAGCCAAACACCGAUGCCCAUACAGACACAAGCAGCCCAGACGGUGAUGAUUGCCUCCAAUGGCGGACAGUCCCGCUUCAUUCAGAACCCUGUCAUUUGCCAGCAGAGCCCUACUGCGGGCUUCCAAGUCCUCCAGCCACAAAUGCAGAGCAUCAUGACGUCACCUCAGCUUCAGCCAGUGGCCAUUCAGCACCAGCGUGUUCUGACCCCAACAGGUCAAACCAUCCAGACCAUCUCCACAGCGCCCACUGCAGUCCACACUGUGCAACAGCAGGUGCAACAAGUACCUGUUUUGGUCCAGCAGCCUCAGAUUCUUAAGACGGACUCACUGGUUCUCACAACUCUCAAACCAGACGGGACACAGGUGCUGUCUACCAUGCAGAGUCCUGCAGGCAUCACCACCCUGACCACACCCAUCCAAAACACAGCUCUGCAAGUCCCGACACUUAUGAGCAGCAACAUCCUGACCACUGUCCCUGUUAUGAUGGGAGGAGGAGAUAAGCUGCCAAUCAAACAGAUACAGCCAGGCUCUUGUCAAAGCACAGCUAGGCCAAGCAUGGAUCAGUGCCAGGUGACAGCGGGAGGAGUCGGGCUAGGAGGGGUAGUGAAGGAGGGCGAGAGGAGGACAACUCACAACAUCAUCGAGAAGAGGUAUAGAUCCUCGAUCAACGACAAGAUCAUCGAGCUCAGAGAUCUGGUCAUGGGCAGUGAUGCGAAGAUGCAUAAGUCAGGAGUGCUUAGGAAGGCCAUUGACUACAUAAAGCACUUGCAACAGGUUAACCACAAACUACGCCAGGAGAACCUGGCCCUUAAGAUGGCCAACCAGAAGAACAAGCCCGUGACGCUGUCUGAAGAUGUGGAGCUGAAAGAGGAAGUAGUUCUGAUGUCACCUCCAGCCUCAGAUUCUGGUUCUGGUUCCCCUCACCAGUUCUCUCCUUACUGUGUUGACUCAGAACCAGGGAGCCCUUUAUUGGAUCACGAACAGAUAAAGAGUGAGCCGGACUCUCCCUCGGUUGGCGUGAUGGAUCGCUCUCGGCUGCUCCUCUGCGCCUUGACUUUCUUCUGCCUCUCCCUGAACCCUCUUCCAUCUUUACUGGGAUCGGAGACAUCGAGCAGCCCCGCCCUUUCCGGAGGCCACGGCCCAUCUAGAACGCUUGUCUGGUUUCCAAGUCACACGCAGGAAUUUGCAUCUUGGGUGCGUUGCCUGUUGCCAUGGGUGAUGGUGUGGGUGCUGAGUGGAGUGGGAGCAGUGUGGGGCUGUGUCAGGGUGCUGUACCUGUGGGAGCCAGUCACACCGCUUCACUCACCAAAAUCUGUGUCCUUCUGGAGGCACCGCAAACAAGCAGACCUGCAUCUCAACAGGGGAGAUUACACAGCAGCAGUGGCCAGUUUAGAGACUUGCCUCUCUGUUUUGACGAGAGCUCUUCCCUCAACCAAGCUGGACCUCGUCUGCUCACUCUCCUGGAACGUGAUUCGCUACUGCUUGCAUCGCCCAACUCCUCUGGGCUGGCUUGUCCACCAGGUCGGAGGGAAGCACGAAGGGGAGGAGGCGAGGACCAGCGCGAGGGACGCGGCACUUGUUUACCACCAGCUCAGCCAGUUGCAACUCACGGGAAAGCUGCCUCAGCGUAGCAGCCUGUGGGCUCUGUCACUCUCUCUAAGCGCUGUGAACCUCAGCGUGAGCGCCCACGGCAAGAUGGCCCCCACGCAGCUCGCCCAGAUUUAUGUCACUGCCGCCAUAGCCUUGCGCACUGUGCUGGGCCACCAUCUCUCCUGUCUCCCUGGUUACCUGCUGGGCUGUGCUGAGAGUGUGGCCAACCAAUCAGAAACCAAGACGAUCCCCGACUGCCUGCGCUGGCUCUUCACUCCACUGGGGAGGCAGUUCUUCCUGAGCUGUGAUUGGUCAGUGAAGUCAGAAAACGGCGAUGGGGUGUACACUUCUCAGAGAGACCCAGCUGACCCCAUUGCCCAGCUGCACCGCUCUUUCUGCAGGAAGCUUUUGGAAAGAGCCGUUCACACCCUCAUCCAGCCGCAGAGCGACUCUGAAGCAGAAAAACGCAAGAACGACUCUGGAGAGUUUUCCAGCGCCCUGGAGUUCCUGCAGCUGUUGAACAGCUGCACAGAGGACUCUCCUUCCCCACCUCCGCCUUUCUCGACUCCUCCCAGUCACACCACCAUUCCAGUGGGGGAUCCAGUGAGUCGCUGGUGGGCUGUGGUCCUGAAGGCUGCCGUGUACUGGCUGCAGGGCGAUGACGUCGCAGUGAGGUCACUUUUGGCAGAAGCUGAGCGAAUGCCGAGAGCUCUGCACAUCCUUGACCAUCCUCUGCCCAAGGCUGUGCUGCUUCUCUGCAAGGCUGUACAGAUGAGCCUGUCCCCUCUGAAGGGAGAAGGGGCAAUAGCCUGCCUUUCUCACUGUGACAGAGGCAGCAGCUACCUGUGCUCCAGCAUCUCAGUGCCGCUCGCCCAGUCUGGGAACUGGCUGAACAAGGGGGUUGAGCUACUGGUCUGUGACCUCCUGUUGACUUUGAGGACCAGUUUAUGGCAGCGGGGAAGCAGCAGUAAUGGAGAACCUGGCCCGGCUCCUGGAUCUCAGUUGGCUGGUUUCCAGAGGGACCUCAGCGCACUCAGAAAACUCACACAGUGCUACAGACAGGGACAACACAAGGUGUUCCUUCAUGAGACCACAGUGAGGCUGAUGGCUGGAGCCAGUCCCACAAGGACACACCAGCUGCUGGAGCACAACCUCCGACGCAGGACGCACAGCUCCUACACAGCUGAUGGCGAGUGUGUUUUAGGCGAGAGGGAGCGAGCUCACGCCAUUCUGCUGGCCUGCCGCCACCUCCCCAUGCCCCUGCUAACCCCACCCGGGCACAGAGCUCGUCUACUGGCUGAGGCCAAGCGAACCCUGGAGCGGGUGGGAGACCGCCGGUCGCUGCAGGACUGUCAGCAGAUUCUGCUGCGCCUCAGCGGGGGCACCACCAUCGCCGCUUCCUGAACACACACAACAAACAAGGCUUCUCUGUGGUUCUGCUGUCUCACACACACACACACACACACAGGGACAUUAACCAGGCUUCUCCUCCGCCAACAUGUAAUUUUAUAAUUGUCAGCUUUUUAGAAAUAUAGACUUUCUGCCACAUGGACACCGUAACACACACAGCUGUUUUGGUUUUGUUUUUUUCGCUGAUGGAUACAGAGCUGUAUCCAUCAGAACUGUAUCCACACGCCUGGCUGAAACGUUUGCUCCUUUGAUGCUCAAGUUUAAUUGUUGCAGCACAAUCACCCCACCUUCUGGUCAUUACUGGUACUACGCUGGCUGGCUGCCUCUUUCCAAACAAAAGAAAAAAAUCAGGUUUAAAAGGCCCUAAAGGGAAAAGGGACCAUUAUCUAAUAGCUAUUUAAAUGAAUGAAUGCAGCAGUGCAUUGAUUUGCUCUAGGACACCACGCCGUACAAUCAUUACUGGCACCCAGCAAUGUGAGUGCUGCAGUAAUAGUAAUGUGUCGUUUCAUUUGUAAGCUUCAUUUAAGGGCUUCACAGUAUUUAAGAGUAGACGGCUGAGGUCUGAGCACGGCUGUGCUUUUAGGAUGCAGAUAGACUAGCUUGCUUUAAACCGUACAGUGCUGAGUAGUGUCUCUCCUUAUCUACCUCACACACUGUACAGUGCCAGCAUUGUACUGUGGAGCAAAAAAAAGAAGAAAAAAAAAAAAGAGAAUUCUGUGACCAUUAGAAGUGACUUGUGCUUCAGUCCAGUGCAGCAUCAUUCCAGUAACACACAGCUGAUCUGCUUUCCUUGAACCGCAGGAUGCAGCAGAAACAACACUUCAGGGUUUGGUUUGCUGCUGCAGGCAUGCUCCACCCCGUCACAUGAAGCAGAGAACAGGGGGACAUUUAAAUGACAGAGGGAGGCAGCAAUGGGGCUACAAGUUUGAAAAUGUCUAAAUGCACACACACAAGCACGCUGGUGCAUUUACAUGAGAAAUGAAUUGCAUUCAAACUUAUAAUGUGAUUGUAUAUAGGUUGUACAUAGAAGAAGUAGGUUUAUUAGCAAGUUCUUAAUUACAAAGAAAGAGAGCAAAAAAAGAAAGCUGCGUGACUUCACUGACCAAUCAUCUUCAUACUGGAACCCAAGGUGCACCCCACCACCCUAAUUCUGCAUCACUUUUUUUGACACACAGCACAGUGACACCUUUGAGCUGUGAUUUCCAUCAUGAAGAUCAGGGAAGCAGGUGGUGUAGCUUGGUCUGAAAAAGAAGACCAGAGAACCAGAGGAUAAGAGUUUGGGACAUGAACUUUAAUGCCUGUGGCCCAUCUCACCCCCAGUGUCUUUUUAGGAGUUGGGGGAUUCCUGUUGAACUACUAAACUGCAUUUCAGUGUGAGGCUGAUUAGUAUGUGGGGGUGAGAACAGGCUGUGAAUGUCUGGAGAGGAUCCUCUGAUGCAGAGAGCUCUGGGAACAGUCGCCUAUGAAAAACUGCUGGAGCCUUUUAGAUUGUUUUGUUUGUUUUAAACAAUAAACAAGAAAAUAUCCCUCGUGUAGAACAGGUAUGGUCAGUUUGAAUUCACGAGCUGUAGCUGUAGUGACAUGUUUUCACUGCAGCAAAAAAAGCAUCGAAUUGCAAACAAGUUUGUGCAGAAUAACCCACGUCUCUGCCGCGUCUCUGUAUAUAAACCACCUUUAAAAGCUACAGGUUUUAAUGUGGGGGGGUCUCAAACGUUUGGUGUUGUCAUGCUCUGCAGACUGACAGAACUGACGUUGUACAGCUUGCAAGCAAAAAGGCCUCGAUGUUAUGUAAAAAAACAAACUUAUAUUUCAUCACGUUGGAUUGAUGGAGGAGCUUUGUGCUUUGUGAAAUUGUAGUCCAAUUUGCUUUUUAUUUGUAAUGAUGGUCUUAUACAUGAUGCAGGAUUUAUAAUUUCAUUUUUCCUGUUUCUUUCUUAUUUAAUGGUUCUGUAAUAUUAAUAUAAAUGCUUCUGGAGAGGGGAGCAGUGUUGCAGUUAUGUUAUUGUUUUGUAUGAGCAGCGUAAGGUCGGGAGCCGAGGAAUUCCCUGUUUUAUUAAAGAAUCCUUUCAUUUAAACUUUUUAGCUUGGUAUGGUAAAUUUGAUCACUCUCUAUGUUUUUUGUUUGUUUUUCUUUGGCGCACAUUGUAAUGUCUUGGUUUUAGGAUACGGGCAAACACACUAGAAUACAAUUAGAGGUUUCCAGUACCCUGUCUUCCAGGUCAACCCAAGCUGUAAUCUAAGGAGUGCUGAAAGUGUUGCUAUCAGUUAAGAUUACGCUUCCCUGACUGGUAAACUACACAAAGAAGAAAUUUAUGUUCAACAACAUCUGUGAGCUGGAGUGUUUGUUUGUUUUUAUUUUGUUUCUUUUGUCUUUUUUCCCUUGAGGUGUUUUUAUGGUCUGAAUUUAUCUGUUCAUUUGGAUGUUUUCUAAUAAAAUGACACAUGAAAGUGUGA